AUAUCUCUUGUGGGGGCAGACAGAAUGAGGAUAAAAUGGACCACCGAGGACGACGGCCCAUCGGUGGUGGAAUACGGCAGCCAGUAUUCUCUCAAGGCCACCGGCUCUUCCGACGACUACUCCUACCUACUAUUCUACCGCUCCCCCCACAUCCAUGACGUCGUCAUCGGCCCAUUGAGUCCCAGCACGGUGUACGACUACCGAUUGGGCAUGAACUCCGCUCGCAACUUUUCAUUCAAGACCCCACCCAACUCCUUGCCCUUCAAGUUCGCCGUCGUCGGGGAUUUGGGUCAGACCGUGUCGUCGGGCUCGACCCUGGACCACUUGGCUGCGGCGGACUACGACGUGCUGCUGCUCCCCGGCGACCUCUCCUACGCAGGCGUAGAACAGCCGCUGUGGGACUCAUUCGGCCGGCUGGUGGAGCCGCUGGCGAGCUCCAGGCCGUGGAUGGUGACGCAAGGAGAGUACGAGACAGAGAGGAUCCCCCUCAUCCACCCGAAAAAGUUCGUCGCGUACAAUAUGCGAUGGCGCAUGCCGUACGACGCCGACCCGGCCACCUCCUCCGGCUCCAACCUCUUUUACUCCUUCGACGUCGCCGGUGGAGCCAUCCACGUGAUCAUGCUCGGCUCCUACGCCGAUUACGACACGGGGUCCCCGCAGCAGUCGUGGCUGGCGGCUGACCUAGCGAGGAUGGAGCAGCAGCGGCCGCAGUGGGUGGUGGCGGUGAUGCACGCGCCGUGGUACAACACGAACGACGCGCACCACCUGGAGUUCGAGGAGAUGCGGGUGGCGUUGGAGGCGAUGCUGUACGAGGCGCGGGUGGACGUGGUGUUCUCCGGGCACGUGCACGCUUACGAACGGUUCGAGCGCGUUUUCAAUGGCAGCUCCGACUUGUGCGGGCCGGUGCACAUCACCAUCGGCGACGGCGGGAACGUAGAAGGGCUGGUGACCGACUUCCUGCUGCCUCAUCCGGCGAUCUCGCUUUUCAGGGAGGCCAGCUUUGGGCACGGCCGGUUCGAGGUGGCGAACGCGACGCACGCGCUGUGGACGUGGCACCGGAACGACGACGACGUGGCGGUGGCGGCGGACCAGGUGUGGAUCACCAGCUUGGCAUCCGAUCUGAACUGUCAAAGGAAACGCAUUGAUAUUGUUGUGACCUGUGAAAAAGAAGAUAUUUUCCAAUUCGGCCUCAUUCUUCUAGAGAUUGUCACAGGGAAACUUCCAGGGUCCAAUACUCAGCUUGAUUAUCUCAGAGCUAAGGUGAACACUGGUGGCGGGCCUCUUGAGGAGGAUACAGUAAUGAUUCUUUGCACUAUGGCUGCAUUUGAAGCAAAGGCAUGA